ACGUGUGCGUUUCACAGAUAUGCGCCUAUAUAAAAGACGAGAAAACAAAAUUCAAAAGUAAACCACAAGUGAACCAGUUAGAGACUGUUCGUCGUAGCGAUUAAACAUUUACCUUCAGAGCGAAUGAUCGUAGACACAAACCCAACCAUGAUUUGGCGAAUUACUGUAUUCGUCACUCUGUUGAUUCUGACGAUCGAAGCGAAAAAGCAUUCGCAAUAUUGGGAGUCGCAAGAACAAUGGCAAGAGUUCGAAGAAUUUUUAAAGUGGAAGAAAAUACGGGAGUUGCAAGAGCAUCGCCCGCAAGAAAUCAAACACGAGAAAUGGCAACCUGAAAAUUACGAAAAGAAUCAACAAGUUCCGAGCGUUAACCCACCACCAGUCGAUCAAGCUGCUCUAAUGGCAAGAUUCAUCGUCAAUCAGGCUGAUUGGGUAUCCGUCGCGACAAUAAGCACGCGGAAGGAUAUUGAGUCGUUUCCAACUGCGACCUUAGCUUCAUUCAGUGAUGGUCUUUUAGGAAAUGGAACAGGUAUUCCGUAUCUUUAUCUCACUCCUUUGGAUUUCACGGCUCAAGAUCUCGCCAAAGAUAAUCGAGCCACACUGUUAAUGACAUUGGCUCAAGGGGAAUAUUGUAAAUCGAAACAAUGGGACCCAAUGGAUCCUCGUUGCGCCAGAGUACUCUUGACCGGAAAAAUCAAACCGUUGAAGAAUGACAGUACGGAACUUGAAUUAGCCAAAAAAGUUUUCUUCGAUCGUCAUCCGAAGUUGGCUAAUAUGCCUCCAGAUCAUCAUUUCUAUUUUGCCAAGCUAAAAAUAAUGACGAUCGUGGUGUUAGAUACUUUCGGUGGACCGAAAUACGUCACCGUGAAAGAUUACUUGCAUCCACCAGUUGAUAACGUUACCGAGGAAUUCAAUCGACAUUUCCCUCUGGAAUACUACGAAAGCAAUUCUCAGGAAAAGUAUUCGCCAACCUCUAAUAUGUUACAUCCUGUAGUACGUACUGUAUAAAUUGUAUAAAAAUGUUAACUAAUAAAUUCUUAAACGUGUAA